UUACCUCUGUGCGCCGCGCAUGCGACCGCGAUUGGCGACAGAUGUCCGAGGCUAUUCGAAUCACCCCAAUCAGGCCUCUCCACCUUCAUGACCAUCAUUCUAAGUCACCAAGAGCGCAGCAUAUUUGGCGAUCUACUGCACUUGAGGCUACCAUCAGGCCACCGAUUCUCUAGAUCAAAAAAAUAGUUCGAAGCAGACAUAGGACCCAGCAAACAACAGUCCCCCUCACACGCUAUGGUCGACGUCGCCACCUCAAGUAGCAAUGCCGCCCAAGCCGCCGCGCCCAUGUGGACAUGUCUUUCGUGCUCCAUUGGAUUCCCCUCUCCCGACGCGCAAAGAGAGCAUUACCGGAGUGACCUUCAUCGCUACAACAUGAAGAGGAGAGUUGCUGGUUUGCCCCAUGUCAGGCCCGAUGUCUUUAGGGAGAAAGUAGAGGAGAUCAACGCUGCUGGUACAGAGCCGGUCAAAGAGGCAGGCAAAUGCCAAGCGUGCGCCAAAUCCUUCGCCACCGCAAAUGCAUUCCGCACCCACGUCAACUCCCGAAAGCACAAGGAGAAUGAAGCGUUACUCUCGCGAGCGCGAGCCAGUUCCUCCAAGGUGACCCCCUCCAUCUUGCACUCAACUGCCGCCGAGAGUGAGCACGCAGCGCAAACGGCAGCAUCUCCAGGAGACACUGCGCCUGCUGGGGAAGGCUUGGAAGACGUUAGUGAUCUGCAGAAAGCCCUCGCUGCUGCCAGUACCAAUGCUGCAGCUUCCGCAGCGAUCCUGAAUGGCACGCUGGAAGUGCCUGCGGACGCUACAGAAGCAGAGAUCGAAGCUGCGAUCGACCUGCGCAUCGCUUCCUCCAAGCGCGUGGAUCCUUCAAAGGCGUGCAUGUUUUGUCUCAAAGCCGGCUUCAGAUCGCUCGACGAGACGCUGGAACAUUUGCGCAGCCACCAUAGCUUUUUCGUGCCGGACCAAGAGUACUUGACGGAUCUGGCAGGGCUCAUGGUCUAUCUAGCAGACAAGGUUAGCGUUGGGCAUCUGUGUCUUUUCUGCAAUGGAAGAGGAAGAGGUUUCAACAGCGCAGAAGCGGCUCGAUCUCACAUGCUGGACAAGGGUCAUUGCAAGAUUGCAUACGACUCAGACGAGGAUAUGCUGGAGCUGAGCGACUUUUACGACUUCUCCUCGAGCUAUCCAGACGCAGAGUGGGAGGAUGUGGAAGGCACAGUCGAUGGAGAUAGUGACGAAGAGGAAGACGUGGACACCGAGACCGAGACGGAGGAUGCCACUGAUGCAGGCACAGUGGCUACGACAUCUAGCAAACGAGUCAGACCCGACGCGCAAGGAGUACGGUUUGGUGACAACGAGAUGGAAUUGGUGCUGCCUUCGGGCGCUAGGCUGGGCCAUCGAGCUCUCCGACACGUCUAUGACCAAAGGUUGAGACCGGCCGGUCGAGAUGUAGAUUCCGCCACGCACGGCUCAGCAUUGGCCCAUCGACUCGCGAAUCGAGCCAUUGCAGCUCGCAAGACGGAGCAGCAGGACGCGUCCGGACUGAGUCUCGCACAGCGCGGCGGGAAUGUGGUCAAAGCCAAAGACAGGGGCCAGGCAAGGGAAGCCAAGAGGCAUAUCAAGGAAUUCAGGGAUGUUCAGCGCCGAGAGCAAUUCAAGACCAGAGUGGGCUUCAGAGCGAACAACCAGGCCCACUUUAGGGACCCCCUGCUACAAUGAUCGCCCGUUCGCAGCUCCUUUAUCAGUCCCGCUCUUUCCCCACUGUUCCGAUCCUUGCUUGCCCCGAUACAUAUCCCCUUCGCGACGCCUGCACGCUGUCAAUCAAUGGGAUGGGAAGGGGAACGUCAAAUUGCAAGCGUGCGUCACCAGAGGCAAAGGAGAUGACAGAGGCGUGAAGGGGAUCGUGAUGAUACAGAACGUCAAAGAGGUGACCGUACGAAGCGGAAUGUGCGCGAUGGAUCGUCGAGCGUAUUGCAACCUGAAAAGCUUAUUGAAGCAGUCCUGCGAGAAGG